UUUGAGGUAUUCUCAUUCAAGCGGCAGUAUAGACAGCGAUCACUUGUGCAAUCGUUGAGUUGCGUGUGGUCUGGACAAGAAACCGAUUGUCAGAAUUCAACGAUUUGCAGCAGGUUUUCCCGCACCUGCGCACAACCGGAAAGAAAAUGCCUACGUAUUCAACCUUUGCCAUCAACGAGACGGGACAGCUGGACUCUGGAGCAUGUCCAGUCGUCGUGCGUCCCAACUACGACCCAGAUUGCUUCGAACUACGGAAUGAGAACUUGGCACGCCUUCUCACCGACCCCGAUGUUGCAGACCUCCCGGUGGUAAUUUUCUCAGUCGCAGGAGGUUUCCGACUCGGAAAGUCCUUCCUUCUCGGCUUCUGUAUCAGGUAUCUGGAACACUUGGAGACGUCUUCAUACCCAUCCGGUUGGAUGGACGAGGACAAUAUACCCUUGACAGGCUUUUCUUGGAGGUAUGGCAGCGAAAGAGAGACGACUGGUAUCCAGUUGUGGGGAAAAGUUUUCAAAGUCAUGACACGACAACACGGACUCGUGGCAGUCGUUCUGAUGGACACGGAAGGUGCAUUCGACCAAACGUCCACGCUAGGAGGAAAUGUCACAAUUUUCUCAAUGAGCAUGCUGUUGAGUUCUAUCCAAGUGUACAACCUCUCCAAACAGAUAACCCAGUCCGAUUUGGAGCACUUGAAGCUAUUUGCGGAAUAUGCUAGCAUGGCAAGAAGUAAGGAGGGCCAGGGCAAUGAAGUGUUCCAGAAACUCCUGUUUCUCAUUCGUGACUGGCAAUAUCCUGGAGAGAAAUCGUUUGGACUGAAAGGAGGAGAAGCGCUGCUUCGCCCCUGGCUGGAAAGGAACCCCACACUUCCACGUGAAGUAUCCGAACUGCGCGAAAAUAUCAGAUCCAGCUUCAGCGAAGUGAGAUGUUUCCUCAUGCCUAGACCCGGUGACGCGGUAGAGAACACGAGUUUCGACGGAAGGCUUCGUGAUCUAUCUAAAGAUUUUAAAUACCAUAUAGAAGACCUGUUGUCUUAUCUUCUUUCACCCGAAAUGCUUGUUCCGAAAAAGAUCAGUGGAAGGAUUAUUACGUGCAAGGAGCUCGUGUGCAUGUUUCAGACUUAUUUCAGCGUCUUCGACCAAAAGGAGCUCCCUCAACCCAUGUCUGUUUUCAACGCAACUGCAUUUGUCCACAAUAAGCGAAUCAUCGACGAAAUCGUGAAGAAAUAUGAUGCCGCCAUGGAAGGGAUCGUCAAGAGGAGUGUUCAUUCCGAAUCUGACACUGAGAUUCAAAUCGAACACGGCAACCUGAUGAAAGAGUGCUUGGCACAGUUCGAGAGCGAACAGAAGCUGGGAAAGGUCGACGCAGCCCUUCGAGAACAGCUAACGAAGGAUCUCAAUGCCCGGUUCGACAUGUGCAAACGUACUCGUACAAUGUUGAGGGAGCACAGCGAGGAGAUGCAGCAUCGGGCUGGGAAAGAACGAGAAGAGAUUGAGCUUGCUUUUCAAGAAAAACUCAAACAGGUGAUAGAAGAGGAGAGGACUAGACACAUGGACGAGAUUGCUGCUAUGGCUGGAACACACAAACUAGAUGUAGAAAAGGUGAAAAAGGCGAUGGAGGGUCAAUCAAUACAAAAUAAGAUAUUGGAAGUUCUGGUUGGAGCAGUAAAAGCUGUGCCCAGCGUGAUGCAGACCUGGAACAAAUUUCUGGAAUAUAAACAAAAGAUGACUAAACAGGAACCAAAAUAAACGCGGCCUGUUGAGUGGCAGCAAAAACAGAAGCAGCUACCUGCUGGAAGUGUUACAGGUUUAAUAAAAGAAGUAUAAGAACUAUAAUACAAAUAACUAAAA